AGGUGGAGGAGGCCGCGGCGCCGCCGGCCGCUCGCGUGGGCGCGGCCCCGGCCCGAGGAGACCCGGCCCGGCCCUGGGCGGCCGGCUUGCCGGGAAGGCCCCGCGCGGCCCGCGGCGCGGGCGGUGGCCCCGCGCGGCGUCUGAUGCAACCUGCCGGCAACACCCGGCGGGGCCGCUGAUCUCAUCCUUGGCCCCGGCCCAGCGCCGCGGCGCCACCCGCAGACCCCCGCGCUCCCCCAGCGCCCCUGCUGCCGGCCCGGGACGGGAUGCGAGCCGGGCUGUGCCCCCUCCAGAACCCGGCCCUCUGUUUAUGCAACGUGCAGUGUGACUAGCCAGGCUCGUAUUGGCCCCUGGGGAUAAAGGGUGUUCCCAGAAUAGCAGAAGGUGGACGGUAUCUUACUUCAGUGCCACCUGGGGUAUUUCCUGCGCCUGCGAAACUGCUCGGUGUCGGGUAAUCGAGAAUCCUUUUUAGAAGUUAGUCGAGAAGUAGUCAGGGAAGGCGGUCGAUUUUUAAAUAUGUGACUUUACACAAAUAAUAUUGUGCUUCCUUAUGGAGCUGUACUUUGAAUAUCCUUCAGGUGACUGUUGAACACAGGUUGGAUGAACGUGCAGCAGCCACGAGUUGACUAGAACAGAGAAGGGCAAAAAAUGAAGUGCUUCGUUAGCAUGCUUGGAGGCAACAGAGUAAGGAAAAUUGCCAGCAGGGGUGUCUAGAUGGAGAGGAUGGAAAUGCAUGUUUGAGGGGAAGGAGAAUCUGUUCUUCCAAGUACAUGUGAAGAUUUCUUGGCAGAUCAAACCAUUGAUCACCUUGUCCUCAUUUCUACUUGUUCUGUGUUGACAAGGGAGCGUGCCCAAAUGAGCAAGGUAUCACAGCAGAACAGUACCCCGGGCGUGAAUGGAAUAAGUGUCAUUCAUACUCAGGCUCAUGCCAGCGGCUUACAGCAGGUUCCUCAGCUGGUGCCCGCCGGCCCUGGGGGCGGAGGCAAAGCUUUGCCUCCAAGCAAGCAGAGCAAAAAGAGUUUGCCCAUGGAUCGCAACAGUGACGAGUAUCGUCAGCGCAGAGAGAGGAACAACAUGGCGGUGAAAAAGAGCCGGUUGAAAAGCAAGCAGAAAGCGCAGGAUACGCUGCAGAGGGUGAAUCAGCUCAAGGAAGAGAAUGAACGGUUGGAAGCAAAAAUUAAAUUGCUGACUAAGGAAUUAAGUGUACUGAAAGAUUUAUUUCUUGAGCAUGCACACAACCUCGCAGAUAAUGUGCAACCCAGUAGCACUGAAAAGACGACAAGUUCUGAUAAUGCAGGACAGUAGACCUCACCCCUUUCAAACGUCACAACUUGUGGCUUGAACGUUAAAGGUGUGACUACCUACACUACUCGUAUCAGCGGCUGAAUCUCCAUUAUUCAAAGAUCCAUUGAAGGUUGUUUUCUAGGAUCAGCACUGAACAGUUGAUUAGCUAAAGAUGUUAGCCAUAUAAUUUGAAUAUCUGGUUUUAAAUGAUAAGGAUUUUUGUGGGGAUAAAAAACAUUUUUAAAGGUAUAUGGUAAAAAGAAAAAAAUGCCCUGGAGCUUGAUGUUCUUAAUAAAUCCUGACUUCCCAAGAAAUGUUUCUUUUCUAGGUUGACAAAAGGAAUGGGGAACUGGCAAGUCAUGCAGAAGGGUCUUGGUUUUAAUGGAUAUGGUUAAUUGGAUGAAAGAAAGUUGAAUGCCAUCUCUGUUCAUCUAUGUGUGACUUUUUUCUAAAUUAUGUAUUAAAAAUGCUUAGAGCUAUAGAAACCAAUCACUUUAUAAUUUGGAGUGAUUUUAUGUAUAGCAUAAACCUUGUUUUAGCAUAAUUAGUACCGUUUUCCCCAGCAAGUACAAGUUUUUGAAUAGUGAUGUCAGGUUAAGUAAAGAAACCCCAUUUUAAAGGCAGUAUGCAGCCAACUGGCUUAAAAAUAUAAAUAGCAUUUAGUAAGCAAAUAGGUUUUUUAAAAGUAAAAGCAAAGCAUUUGGGAUACCUUUGGGUUAUUGCAUUGGCAUUAUUUUGUUAAAAUUAAAAAAACAACUCAGUGGUUUAGAGAAACUUAUGUACCAAAAUUUUAGUUUCUGCAGAUGCUAGUAAAGUAAGCAUUUUUUUUUUUAACAUACCAUUUGGACAGCCAAGUUAGUAAACAAAACGUCUUAACAGUUUAUGGCCACACAGGUUACUGAUUAGGAUUUUGAAUAUUAAUAUCAGCAGGUAGUUUCUCCUGUGUUCAGAUACACUGCAGUGGGGCCGUGGUUUUUAAAAGCAAAAACUUCUUGUGAACGAUCACUUGGUAUUUGAUCUUAAACAACUGAUUAUUAGAAAAAUAUGUCAUCAACUCCAUGCCAUUUCCCAAAAUAAUAGUCUAAGAAAACUUGAAAGUGUAAGGUUUAACCUUUAAUUUAUUUCACUUAAACACAUCGUUUUAUAUUGUUUUUGCAACAUUUUCUAGUUAGUGGGCUGUUCUUCCAGACUUUUGUACCACUUUUUAUUCAUUUGUAUGCAUUUAUGUCCCAUAAAUUAUUUUAGCAAGAAAAUACUGAUAAAACUCAGGAUAUUGACAUUUUUGUUAAGACUAAAAAGUGGCAGUCACUGAAGAUGGAAAUCUCUAGGGUCUGGCUUAUAUAAAUGUUGGUAGUUUUGAUUGUC